ACUUCCGACGGCGCAGGUUGGACAUAAAGUGACAGACUUCAUCUCCUUAAAAUUGGAAGAAAAACCGAAGGACGACGCGUUACAAGUUUUAAAACAAUUGUAAUGAUUUUCAGACAUGGACGACAUAAACAUUCAUUAUCGCUUUCUGAACUGGAGGAGGCGAAUUCGAGAAAUUGGUGAAGUGCGAGCGGUGCGAUACCGGGAGCGGCUGAAAAGGAUGCUUAGAGACGGGGACAUACUCAGGUAUCAUGGGAAUUCAGAUGAAGUUGGCUGUUUUGUGGCAGCCAGGCCAUUGUCAAGAAGAAAUCGCUAUUUUGAAGUGACCAUUAUCGAUACAGGAGUGAGGGGAAUGAUUGCCGUUGGUUUGGUACCUCAGCUCUACAAGCUGGACCAUCAGCCCGGCUGGCUCCCACACUCUGUGGCUUUUCAUGCUGAUGAUGGCAAGCUGUAUAAUGGCAACACUUUCGGACAGCAGUUUGGCCCAAAAUGCUGCAGAGGUGACAGAAUCGGCUGCGGAGUAUCUCUGGACUCUGAUGAUAGACAGCUAACUGUGUUUUUUACCAAAAAUGGCAAAGAGGUCGGCAGUGUGGAAAUCCCAGCAUCUCCUGAUGCUCUCUACCCGGCCGUGGGAAUGCACUCUUUGGGGGAAGAAGUGCAGCUGGACCUGAACGCUGAAUGUGGGAUGGAGGAAGAUGAUGGACAGAUGAUUGUGGAUAGUCAUGAAGAGGACUGGGGCCGUCUCCAUGACGUCAAAGUGACCGGCAUGCUGCUGGAGUACAUGGGCAAAGGGAAGAGCAUCGUGGACGUGGGCUUGGCUCAGGCCCGUCGGCCUCUCAACACACGCUUCCACUACUAUGAACUGGAGAUCACAGAUGCUGGAGAGAAGUGUUACAUUGCCCUGGGGCUGGCACGCAGGGACUACCCCAAAAACAGACAUCCGGGUUGGAGCAGAGGGUCUAUAGCCUAUCAUGCAGAUGAUGGAAAGUUGUUCCAGGGCAGUGGGGUCGGGGACGCGUUUGGACCGCGCUGCUUUGAAGGAGACAUUAUGGGCUGCGGGAUCAUGUUUCCACGUGACUACAGCCUCGACGGUGGAGAUGACGUUGACGACUGGGACCUCGAUGUGAUUCCCAAACCCAGUGAGGUUCAGAAUGAAUUGUAUGCGAGCAAUGAAGAUGAGGAGGAUGAGGGAGAAGAUUUGGAGGGGAGGAAGGUCACGGUGUUCUUUACAAGAAAUGCAAAGGUGGUGGGCCGGAGGGAAGUGGCCUUACCUGUAGGAGGCUUGUAUCCCACGAUUGGCAUGAUGAGCACUGGGGAGAAGGUCAGAGUGGACCUGCACCCCCUCAGUGGCUGAGCAGAGUAGUAGAAAACUGAGUGGAGAGAUCCAAGCAUGGACGAAUGAUUGAGCUCUGGUACAUUUUUGGAGACCAUUUAAUAAAUAAUACCUCCACAUCAGCAGGCUCCAAGAUGUUACUGGAAAAGUCACUCCACUGUAGAAGGUGACUGUGGCUUCCUCAUGCUGUAAGAAUGAUCGAAAUAAUGUAUGUUAAUAUUACAUGCGUGCCUCAAAGAAGUGCUUUAGAAUUACCAUUAACCAUAGGUUUGUAUAGGUGAAACACAAUUUUAGACAAUCGCAGUAAAGUUCAACAUACAGUUCCAAAAAAAAGGAUCUCACCAGAAUAAAGAAUGUAAAAAUCAAAUCAGAGCAGACUCCAGCAAACAAGUGCACCCUCUAAUCAGCAAUAGUAUAUAUGUCAGCAGAUAUGUAGCGCCACUCUCACAGGCUGCAGUGCAGCCACACUGUGCUCAUUACCAGAGGUCUGCUGUACUUCUUCAAUCAACGGUGUGUUACUGACACUCAGUGGUGAGAGUGAUAGUCUGGAAAAUAAUGCUCAGAAAGUCUCCAAAAAAAGAGUAGUGCACUGCAUAAACAGUUACUCUGUGAAGCAAAGUCAGUAAAAUUAGCUGCUUUAUGAGCGUGUUUCUGUAAGUAUGAGUGCUUGUUCUGACAGGGAGUCGUUACGGCAUGUUUUGUGCAAUGCAUUUGGAAUUAUGGGAUGAUUAAAUGUGAGAGCAAUUUGUUGAAUCCAAACCAUUUAAUUGUUACCUUGGAUUAAGCAGUUUUAAAAGCAAAAUGCCAAAUUAAUGUUUGGGUUUUCAUAUCAUGUCUAGCUGUUUUUUAAUCAGGUAUGAUUUUAACCUAAUUGUAGACAAUGUACUGUCAUUAAACUUGCAGGUCAUAAUCAUUCCAAAGUCUUUGGAAGAAACAUUUGUGUCUAAAAGAUGCAUCACUUAAACCCAAAUCAUGCCAAAAGAAGCACCCCUAACAGACUUUAAAUGUGUUUUUUCCACUAUAGAGAUAUUUGGUGUCCAACUGUCUGAGCAUUUAUCUCACAGUUUGCCUUACACACACAAACAAACCAAGAAAAUGACUGAUCUCUAUACUGUAUAUUUAAGUUACCGAAAGUAAUGCCAAACUCAUUGGAGCCUUUUUGAAACAAUUGAACUUUGCAGAAGAAAAUACACAUUUGAAGCCAUGAUACGGAAUUUUAUUUUUUGUAGAUCAUAAGGUAUUUUGGAUGAAAUGUCUCAAAAUGGAAACUCUCUUACUCAACUCUCUUGAGUAUUAAACACUGGCAGGACUAAGCAUGGUAUAGUAGUAAAUGUCCUACUAGUUAAAUAUUUCAAUAUCUAACAAAAGAUCUGAAUGUUGAAAAUGAAGCCAUACUGUAAUAUCUGCUGCUCUCAGGUACAGUAUAUUUGAAAAUCCAAAUGAAAUACCUUGUCUUUUCUAUGGUUAUUUUGGGGAAUUUGUGGUAAAUUGAAGUCAACCAUCAAUGCCACAACCCUGCAAAGCAUUUUUAUGCUAGUUUUUUUUUGGGGGUCAUAAACUUAGUUGUUGUUUUCCCAAUGAAUUUAUCUUUUUGACAAUGAAGACUUUUACCCCCCACACGUCUACCCUUUACAAAAGUUGUACAGACAAAGUAGCUGCUUCCGGUAUCAAUUCACAUGUAUAACAAGUUGUUAAUUGUUCAUAGAAAUAAAACAAUAUGCUGUUAAUUGUAACUGCUACUUUUAGAGUAUUUACUUGCUGUGUGUUAUUGUUUUCAUUUUUCUUUUUUUAUUCUGGCAUGGACAAAUAUAAGAACUUCUUCCAGCUUCACAACCGGACUGCUUUUCAACAUGUGACCUAACGAGUGAAGUGCCUGGAUGUCAUUGAUCCAUGUAGGUGUUGGAAAUGUUCCACCUGGAUGUUGGUUCAGUUUGUGGAACCACUUUCGCACAAAACAAACAAAACAAAACCUUUUUCUACAUCUCAUCCUUAAGGUGCCACAUAGCUGAACUCUGCAUGUCACUGAAAAGACCUGAAACACCUUAAUAGAUCCAUGUCGGACUCCAAAUCUUGCUGCGAUAUACAUUUGAAUAAGGAUUCCUUGCGUCCAUGAAGUGUCCCUCUGGUCAGCAAAAAAUGUAGACGCAUGGUGUUCGUGUGAUGCUUUAACUGCUGCUAAUUGUGUGCCGAGGAAAAUACUGUGCACAUCUUCAUAUCAGCCUGUACUGUAGACAGGGUGUACUUUUUUUUUCUUCACUUUUCACUGUCAUUGUCCAGUUUUGUGUUAAUGUUCAUCUUAGUUCACAGGAGCUUAUAGUGGUCUUCUGCUGCUGUCGGCCGUCUGCCACACACUUUUAAUAUUUAGUCCUACUUAAUCUUUUGUGUAAUUAAUCAAGAAUGACAUUUAACAUCAGUUUCUCUCGAUCCAGCCCUUGUUUACAUCCUGUCAUGUAUGUUUUUAUUUAAUCUGGACUCUUUUUACUUAAAGCAAUCAGGUAAACAUGCCAAAAAAUUAUUUCGACGAAUAAAGAAUAUUUACAUCGUG